AUUGGGAAGAGAGGGUGAAAAGCUUAGAGUUUGCUGUUCCAUGGUCUCUUUUUUUGUUAAAAAAAAUAAAAGACCUGUUUUUUUUUUCCUUAAUAUGAUUAUUAAUAUACAAGAAAACCUAAUUAAUUAAGCUUUAGAAAGAUUAGAAGAGAAAACCGUAAACAAAACGUAAACAACAAAAGGACUUCCAAGUUUCCAAGGCAACUCAAAUAAUCCAUCUAUAAAAAAAUUUCUUUAAAAUUAAUUGCACAAGGAAAAAAAAGCAAUCUUUUUUCCUCUUUCCGGCCUCUGUUUUUGAAAAAAUUCCAUGAUGCCCUUAUUUAGCUAAAGAAUUUAAUUGAAUUUUGAUCACUUCAUGGAUGGCUCCAAUCAAAAUGCUGGGUUUUAUCCCGAUUCCAGAGACUCAGAAAGCCAGGUUUUGGAUUCUAGGGUUUCCUAUUCGACCCCAAACGAGUAUACCGGCUAUAAGAACCCUAAUUCUCUCACGGAUGAUAAGAUGGGGCUUGAAAACUAUGAUAAUGGGUUAUCAGUGCCAACUAAAAGUAUGGAAGAGUUGAAUGAUGAGGAAAAAGAAUCGGUGACCGGCCCUCGGAAGCCGGGAAAAUACUUCUUUUACGACUCCCCACUUGUUGAGGACACCGGUGUAUGGAUACCGGUCUCGGUUCCGCCUAUGCUAGAAAGUGAUCACAAAGAGUGGAGUAGAGGUUUUCAUUCCAAUGGUGGUUAUUUCCCGGAAGGUGACAUGGGAUGGGACCAGUUUCUUGGGGAAGAAGACAAGGAGUUGACAAUGUGGGAUGUGAUAGCGGAAAUGGUUCUGGCUGCCCGUGGGAAAGUACACACUUUAACUUCCGGUGAUCUUCAAAGACGUGGUAUCUCGUGGCUUUUAUCGAGUCAUUUAAUUGAGCAGGCUUGGCAAGAGAUGGCGCAGACACUAACCGAAUCAAAUUUGGGGAACAUGAAGGAAAUUCUUGAAGUAGAACCGCCGAAGUGGUUGGCUGACAGUGCUGCUUCUGCUUGUAUGCUGUGUGGUGUGAGGUUUCACCCGAUCAUGUGUUCUAGACACCAUUGCAGGUUUUGUGGAGGAAUUUUUUGUGGCGAAUGUUCUAGAGGAAGGAGUUUAAUGCCAGGAAAGUUUCGUGUUGCUGAUCCACAACGUGUCUGCGAUGUAUGCUGCGUGCAACUCGAGUCUGUCCAACCAUACUUGAUGGACCACGUUAGUAGUGCUGCUCAGCUGCCAACUCAUGACCUGACCGACUUGAGUACUUUGAGAUCUUGGGUUAAUUUCCCCUGGGGGCAGUCCAUGGAACACGAAAUCUAUAAGGCAACAAAUACAAUUCGAAGUUAUAUCACUAAGGUUGCUUCUUUGAAACCCGAGAAAUCAAUUCCGGAUGCCAUUCUCCGAGAAGCAAAAGGCCUCGCAAUAAUAUCUGUUGUGAAAGUUGGUGUCAUGGUUAUAUAUAAUAUUGGUACGGGACUUGUGAUCUCUCGUAGAGAGGAUGGCUCCUGGUCACCACCCUCUGCCAUUUCUUCACUCGGUGUAGGGUGGGGAGCUCAGGCUGGGGGUGAACUGACCGAUUUUAUUAUAAUCUUGAGAACAAAUGAUGCAGUGAAGACUUUUAGUAGCAAUGCACAUCUUUCUUUCGGAGCUGGUUUGAGUGCUGCUGUUGGUAGUGUAGGAAGGGCUGCAGAAGCUAAUUUACGAGUCGGUGAUGGUGGUUGUGCUGCUUGUUAUACAUAUAGCUGCAGUAAAGGUGCUUUUUUUGGAUGUUCUCUCGAAGGAAGUAUCGUCACAACUCGCAGACGAGAGAAUUCCCGAUUCUAUGGCAGCCAAACAAUAACGGCAUCAGAUAUACUUCUAGGGUCAAUGUCUCAAGCACCCGCUGCUGCCAUUCUCUACCAUGCACUUUCUGAUCUAUACAGCACACUAAGUUGAAUGCCGGAAGUCAGGUACCGAACUGAUUAGCUUCAAGACUCAGUAUGAAGAAGGAUCCAAUUCAACAUGAAUCUUUAUGUACAUUGUGUAAAUUAUAUAUAUUUAUGUCAUCUUCCAUACCAUCAUUCUUUACCUGUGUAAGAUGCAGGUUCAUAUUGUUGAACAACGUUCAAAUCAUAAAAGAAAAGAAAGAACAAAUAUAUUUGUUUAAA